AUUGGCCAUCAAAUCCUCCGCAUCCCGGCACUAACCAGUCACCAGCGCCGCACGCACAGCUGCGAGCCACGACGCCACCGACCCCGACCAGACAAAGCACCCCCGAGAUCGGGCGCACCGAUGCCGCGCACGGUGGCCGUGGUCGGCGCGGGCGCGGCGGGGCUGGUGGUCGCGCGCGAGCUGCUCCGCGCGGGCCUCGACGUCGUGGUCUUCGAGAAGUCGGCCCGCGCGGGGGGCACCUGGGCGUACGACCCGCGCGCGGACGCCGACCCGCUGGGCCGCGACCCGGCCGCGCCCGGCGCCGUGCACGGCAGCCUCUACGCGUCGCUGCGCACCAACCUGCCGCGCGAGCUCAUGGGCUUCUCGGACUUCCCGCUGGCCGGCCGGGUCUUCGCGGGCGACGCGCGCGCGUUCCCGGGCCACCGGGAGGUGCUCGCCUUCCUCGACGCGUUCGCCGAGGAGUCCGGCGUCGCCGCGCGCGUCAGGCUCCGAGCCGAGGUGCUGCGGGUGCGCCCCCUCGGCCAGGGGCAGCGGGAGCGGUGGGUGGUGGCGUGGCGCGGGGAGGACGGCGAAGUCGCGGAGGAGGUGUUCGAUGCCGUCGUCGUCUGCAACGGCCACUGGACGGUGCCCCAGGUGGCCGAGAUCGGAGGAAUUGACAACUGGAGAGGAAAGCAAAUGCACAGCCACAACUAUCGCGUCCCGGAACCAUUUCGAGAUCAGAAUGUUGUUGUUGUAGGGAUGGGAGCCAGUGGGACUGACAUUGCUCUAGAGGUCUCACAUGUGGCAAAGGAAGUGCAUAUUGCGUCGAGGUACUCGGAGGACAGGCUGGAAAAGGUCGGGCUCUGUAAGAAUGUCUGGAUCCACACAGAGGUAGAUUGCAUCCAAGAUGACGGCAAAAUCCGCUUCACUGAUGGUUCGGCAGUGGCUGCAGAUAGUAUUCUUUACUGCACAGGGUACCACUACCAUUUCCCUUUCCUUGACCUGGAUGGGCUCGCCGUCGACGACAACCGUGUCGGGCCACUGUACAACCACGUCUUCCCCCCAAAAUACGCGCCUAAUCUCUCUUUCAUCGGGCUACCACUUAAGACCAUCAUCUUCCAGUCAGUGGAGAUGGAGUCCAAGUGGGUCGCCGCCGUCCUGUCGGGGCGCGCCACGCUGCCCGGCGAGGAGGACAUGAUGGCCGCCGUGCGGGAGCACUACCGGCAGAUGGAGGAAGCCGGGAGGCCGAAGCGCCACACGCACGUGAUUAUGCCUAACUGGGAGGAGCACCUGAACUGGCUCGCGGACCAGGUCGGCGAGCCGCGCCUGGAGGCGGCGCGGUUGGAGAUGCUGGAGAAGGCGGUCAGGUGUGCCUGGUCGAUGGACGAGGGCUACCGAGAUCGCUGGGAACAAGAGGAUGACAGUGGCACGAGCUCUCUUUAAUUAAUAGGACCAAAGGAGAUGCAUCUCUUAUAAAAAAAAGAAGGUGCUGCAUCGUUUCAAUAACUUGCGAGUUGCAAUCUAGCAGCAGCCUAUUGUUGUCCUACUCUCUAGAUGAUUACUUGUUUUGUCACGACAUAUACGGAGACCCGGAGUUCCCAGCGGGCUUACUUCUUGUU